GAAUAAGACUCCCAUUGCAUAGCACUUUGAUCUGUUCCCGGCUUUACUAGGAGUACAAUAAGACACACCUGAGCUUGCUACCGAUACACACUGUGUGGCUAAUGAAGCUGGCAGUAAAACCUGGUAUGGGUGAAAGCGUGCUAUGCAGUAGGAGUCUGAGUGCCAUCCCUGUGACGUUGCUUCUUUAAAUGAGUGCUGGUGAUCAGUUGCUGCGGAGGAAGGGUGCAGUGCCUGGUAUCACAGACAGGGGGUGCUGCUGCUGCUCUGCUGUAUUGGUAACUGGAGCUGGAAGGGUGUGGGUGCAAUUGCAGCAGGUCUGUGAGUAACAGUUCCCUAUUAAAAGUCAUGCCGCAGUAAUAAUGGAGCUGAGGUCGGAGUUAUUAAAGUCAAUUUGGUACGCUUUCACAGCUCUGGAUGUGGAGAAAAGUGGGAAAGUUUCAAAAUCACAACUCAAGGUUCUGUCUCAUAACCUGUGCACGGUGCUGAGUAUCCCACACGACCCGGUCGCCCUGGAGGAGCACUUCAGAGACGAUGACGACGGACCAGUGUCCAGCCAGGGCUACAUGCCCUACCUCAACAAGUACAUCCUGGACAAGGUGAAGGAGGGCUCCUUCGUGAAGGAGAAUUUCGACGAGCUGUGCUGGACGCUCACUGCCAAGAAGAACUACAGGCCCAACGGCAAGACCAGCAUUCCCCUGAAAGACGCCUUUCGCUUCUGGUGCCUCUUCAACUUCCUGUCCGAGGACAAGUACCCUCUGGUCAUGGUGCCUGACGAGGUGGAGUACCUGCUGAAGAAAGUGUGCAUGGCAAUGAACGUGGAGCUGAACUACGUGGAGCUGGAGGAUUACUUCAGCCAGGAGCCCCUGCAGCAGAGUGGUAUCGUCGUGUGGAAGUUCCUGGAGCUGGUGAACUCUGGGAAGCUGACGAGGGGCAUCGACAAGGACGCUUUGAGCAUGGCGAUCGAGGAGGUCUAUCGAGAGAUUGUGGAGGACGUGCUCAAGCAGGGUUACUUGUGGAAGAAAGGGCAGCUGCGGCGGAACUGGACAGAGCGCUGGUUCACGCUGAGGCCGAGCGCACUGGCUUACUACGUGAGUGAAGACCGCAAAGAGAGAAAGGGCAGCAUCCCUCUGGACAGGAGCUGCUGCGUGGAGGUGCUCCCGGAUAAGGAUGGGAAGAGGUGCAUGUUCUGCGUGAAAACGUUGGCUAAGACCUACGAGAUGAGUGCCUCCGACACCAAGCAGAGGCAGGAGUGGACGACAGCUAUCCAGACAGUCAUCCGCUUGGAGGCUGAGGGCAAGAAGUCUCUUCACAAGGACCUGAAGCUGAAGCGACGGGAGCAGAGGGAGCAGCGGGAGCGGCGCAAGGCGGCGAAGGAGGAGGAGAUGCUGAGGCUGCGCGCGCUGCAGGAGGAGAAGGAGAAGAAGCUGCAGGAGCUGGAGCUGCUGAAGGAGGCCCAGCGGCAGGCCGAGGUGCUGCUGCAGCAGGACGAGCAGCGCAGGAGAGCCCAGCACGAGGAGAUGCAGCGUGCACUGGAGGUGCAGCUCCGUGACGCAGAGCAGGCGCGGGCCAGCAUGCAAGCAGAGAUGGUUUUGAAAGAGGCAGAGGCGGAGAGGCAGAAGAAACGGAUCCAGGAGCUGGAGGAGAUGCAGCAGGGCCUGGAGGAGGCACUGCGGCUGGAGAUCAAAGCCAGGCAGGAUGAGGAGGCCUUCCGAUACGCACAGGCACGGCUACUGGCUGAGGAAGAGGAGAAGCUGAAGCAGCUGAUGUUCAUGAAGGAGGAGCAGGAGGAGUACAUCCUCAAGACCCAGAGAGAGAAGCAGGAGCUCAGGCAGGAGAUGGAAACCAAGUCCCGGGCUCUCGAAGAGGCCCAGCUGCAUCUGGAGGAAGUGAGGGUCAACCGGCAGAGAGUCGACCAGGACGUCAUGGCUGCCCAGAGGAAGCUGCGCCAGGCAAGCACCAACGUCAAGCACUGGAACGUGCAAAUGAACAGGCUGAUGCAUCCUAUAGGACCAGGAGACAAGAAAUCCUCUCCCGGGCUGGGGGGGUUCUCCAGCUUCCGCGUCCCGUCGCAGAAAGAUCCCGGACUGAAGCUGAGACAGAAAUCCGAGGAGAGAGAGCGCGAGGAGAGCAAGGAGAACGUCGAAUCGGCCAGGCGUCUCUCUCAGGCUUCCGACAUGGACACGCAGCCCUAAAAGGACCAGCCCGUGGCAACCAGGUAACUUGCCAGGUAACAGGGCUUCUGUUUGCAGACUAUGAGGAUGCCCUUUGAUAUCAAGACAGAGAGAUCUUUCCCACAAACUCGGCUCAGAGCCUCUUUGAAUGUUCACGGAAACGGCUGGGUUUCAAACCCUACAAACCUGGAUGUUGCUUUUUCUUUUUGGGUUUUAUUUUUCCAAGUCAUUUUCAACGGAAGUUUAACAUGGGGUCAGCGCAUCUGCCUUGCCUAAAACCCCACAGACAGAAGGACCGCACACUUCAGUGUCCAAAGCACAGGAUGAAUGCUUCUUGCUGCAAACGUCGUAAGCAAGUAGUUUGAUUUAAGGUGAAAUGGCUUCAGAAACAGGCAGUGCAGCACACAGCACACACAUGAAAAUAAAGAUAACUUAAGAUCUGACUUCUUCCUGUCCGCCCCCUGCACUGCGCAGCAGAUUUCCUGAGAAAUCUACACAACAGAGAAAGAGGCCCGGGUUCAAGUCCUGCCUGGGUGCCAUAGAGUGAGUGUUCUGGUUCACCACAUCACAAGCAGGCGAAGCCACACCUGGGCUCAAUCAUUGUAACUGAAUCAAAACUGUAAUCAGAAUUAUAAGUGGAACUGACCCCAGGUCUGGUCAAACCCCCCCCCUGACAAUUAAGUAGUGAAACAUUCCUAUUCGGGACAAGGGACAAACAAAAUGUGGCCUUAAUACAUUUCAUAGAAUUUCUUCCAACAAAUGUAUAGCUUUUGUAUAAUGUAUUCUUAAUUUAGCGUUCGCUUCCACUUUAUGGAAGAAGAAUCCAUUCCAGCUGUUAUUUAUUUUAGAUUUAUUUCAUGCAGACUCUUCUAAAUCUCUUUCGAUGAUUGGUCUGUUUGAUUAAGAGAACAAUGACUUCCAGCAUGUUGCAGCCAAGUUUAAAAUAACAAAACGCUGGUAGUUUGCAGCCUGUUAGAGGUAUUAAAGAGGCAUUCAGAUUUUUUUAUAUUUCUUUCUCAAACAGUGAAUACAAAUUACUUUGUCAUGUCUAUGGAAAAUGUGUAAUUAUUGUCUGCUUUACCAAAUUUUAAAUAAAGAUAAAUCCAUACAAUUGUGAUGGUUAGCAGCCCUCCACCAUGGUAAGCAGGUGGCUGUGCUGUUUGUUUUGCUGUGUCUCUCGAUGCUGCACUGCACCUGCAAUGCUCUUGGCAGGGUUCCCUGCACUAACAGUCUACACAGAGCUCCAGAGAUCCACUCCUGCUCAGCUGUUUAAAAAUGAUUCUCCUGUCAACUGUAGCUUUGCUGGCAAGAUUGAGAAAACUGUACAAAGCUUGAAAAAAAAUGUCUUGUUUGCUGUUUGUAUGUCUGGGAAAACUUUAUGAACACUUCUGAAAUAUAUUUUGAGACAUGAGACUGUCAAAAUGCAUUGUGUAUAUUUGCUGCCUAUUAAAAUCUCUGGGACCUGA